AUGAAAAGAAUCGUAUGGAUUUUUGUUAGUGGAAUAUUUUUCACUGCAGCAACUGAUAUAACAAUAGCAGAACUAGAAAAAACGAAUAAUAGUGUAAAAAUUGCACUUGGAGCAGCUCUAGGACUGAACAACACUAACAAUACUGAUAAUAUCCAGUUUUUAGACAAAGUUCAAAAAGUAAUUGGCAAAAUAAAGACUGUUAUGGAACAUAAUAGUAAUAAACGACGGAACUAUGGCGGUGUUAACGAUAAAAAGUUUACUGAUUUCGUUCAAGAAAUAAUCAAAAAGCUAAGUCAAUUUGAUGACUCAGAUUUAGAAAUGUUCUGCAGCAUUUUCAACGACGAAAUCACUAAAUAUCAUUAUAGAGGUUGCAAAUUUUAUGAAAUAACAGAAAACAACAAUUUCAGAUCAUUAUUGUCUAAUCUGUUGCAUGAAAUUAAAAUCCAGCCUAUAAAUAAAACUAAACGCAUUUUAAAAACAGUAGCUAAUAAAUUAGAAAAGAAAAGUUAUAAUGAAAAUGAAAGAGAACUCGUUGAUACUAUCAAUUCGUUGUACAGACAAGAUUCGUUAGAAAAACUUGAAAACUUUUUAGUAAACAUUGACGCUUUUAGAUUGAAAACUAGAAAAAAUUUAGAUCUCGUGAAUAUAGUCAGAAAUGGAUUAAGAACCAGUAUAUUUGAUCAUUACACUAAUUUAAAUAGGAAUGCGAGAAAGGCACUAAAGGUGCAAAUUAAUGAAUACUUUAAAGAAUUUUCACCUCAAACGACAACUAAAUUCAUUGAUAGCAUUAAAUAUUCUAAAGUACAGAAACUGGCUCUUACUACAAAGAAACCACCAAUAGUUAAAGAAACAAAGAAAUAUAUAAUCAAAGAUUUAAAACAUAAUAACACCGAUUACGCUAGAAGUGAUUUGAACGAAUAUACUAAAAGUAGUUUGUAUCUAAACACACCACUAAUAAUUAGUAAACUAAACAGUAACAAAAGUUUAAUAUCUAAUGAACACAUAAAAAAAGCUUAUGGAGAUACAAGAAAAGAUGCACACGGCAAACGACAGAUCUCAAGAAACAGUUCGAAUAAUACAACUCACUCUCAAAACAAAACCAUCGGACCUGUAAAAACCACUCAAAGCUUUCGUACAAAGAAUAAUCCUUACAUGAAAUAUGAAACGGAUGCUUAUGAAUAUAUAUUGACAGAAAAUAAACGAAAGAAACUCACGUUUAGAACUUUAUACCCAAAGUUUGUGUAUGAGGUGACUGAAUCUAAACCUCAGUUGGCAGGAAGACGUUCGUUCCGCGAAACAACAGUUCGCACGUCAGAAUAUUCUUGGGAAGAAGAUGAAAUUAACACCAGCAUCCAGAGACCAAGGCGCGAGAGACCCAUACAUUUAGUUAAAGAGUUAGGUGGAUCUAUUAAAAUUGGUAUAAAGAGUUCUCCAAAGCGCAAGAUGGACUCAAAGUACCGCAAACUUAGUAGAACUACAGCUCAAAGUCCGCCGUACUCUUGGGAAGAAGACGACAUAAACAACAGCAUCGAAAAAGUAAAGCGAAUGAAAGCUAUACGGAUAGUUAAAGAUUUAGGAGCCACCGUUAAGAUUGGGAUGAAAGGGGAAGAACCUAUGCGAAGAUCUAACGCAAAAUGUCAGAAUUCAAAAAAGAAAGUUGAAAAUUAUCAUGAAUCUUUAUGGAAUUCUAUUAGACGUUCAAUAGCGGAAGUGACGUCAUUGGAAAGAAAGAUACGAUUGAGAGAACCAUUUAAAUCGAAUCUAACUAGAAGGUCAAACAGACGGAGUAAUAUUCAAUCAGCGCCUGCUUCGACAGGUAAAAAUUUCAAAAUGUAUAACUGGAGAAAUGCUAUACAUAAUUCUGAUUUAAAUAAUUCUCUACCCGCCACGACUAACACCACAAAAGUCCAAGUAUCACCUGUUGGAAAAGGUAUAAGCGUUCAAAUGAACAAUGACACGAUACUUGAAAGUAUAAAAAAUGAAACAAAUUCAGAAAGAAAUGAAUAUCAAAAUAAAAUUUCUAGCAAUAAUAAGAACUAUGAUAAAGUUGAAUAUACCAAUUUAGUACACGAUAACACACCAAAGGAUAACAAUAAAGAAUAUUUAGAAAUCCCAAAAAAUACUCAAGUUGGCGAAGAAAUAAAAUAUAUUAAAGAUUCCCAUGAAUAUAAAAGUACUCCCGAAAUAUAUAAACACCCUGUAAACGUGACUAAUGUUGAAGAAAACAAAGAAAAGCAACUAGUUACACUUUUGAAUCUACAAAAAGACAAAAAAGUCACACCGAAACUUUAUGCAAAAGAAAAUAUAAAAAAUUAUGCUCCACAAAAAUUUGACCCUAACAAUACAGAGGGUGAAUAUAAUUAUAAAAUACGUUCACCUAUAGAAGGUGGGACUAAAGCAAACAAUUUUGAUUUGAGUAGGCAGAAAAUGGAUAAUAAUAAUAACCUUGAACACGCAGUUGAUUCUAAGUAUGAAUUAAAAACUGAUGAGGUUGAAGUUGAAACUAAAAAAGACGAGCAAGUAGCAAAUUACGAUGAAAAUGAUUCAGAACAAGACCUCGAGCCGUGGGUACCACAAAGAGAUAACGAUUUAAAAAAAGAAAUUGAAGAUUACGAAAAUGAUUAUGCUGAACAAGAACGUAAAAAACAAGAACGUAAAGACAACAUCGUUUUUCGUUCAUUCGAUUCAAAGCCACAAUCUACAAAUAAAAAUAUAGUUACAAUUAAAGAUAACAACAUGGAAGCUAUCACCACAAAUCAAAUUAUAACUGUUACAAUUAAACCUAGAAUUAGUCUAACUACAGCAGCAAUUACAAAUCCAAAGAAGAAUUUUGCCAAUAUUGCUCCAUUCGCAUACGUAGAUAACAAAAAAAUUUUCGCAGACAUAGACAAGCUUACAACAAAACAAACAAAUGUAAAAAAAUCACAAGCCCAACAUGUAAUAAAGAAUUUCCCCAUUAAAGACAGCAUGGAGAAACUAAAAAGAGAAGUACUUAAUUCUGGGGAAAUUAAUUUUGGGGAUGAUAUGCAUUAUGGCAGUGAUAGAGAAAACCCAAAGAAGGAUGAUAUAACAGGCGACGUAUUCCCAGAAGCUGAUCAAGCUUUGGGAAAGAUUGCAGUUAGAAUUUAA